GAUUUUUAUUUCGGUUUUUGCGGCAUUGAGGUGGUGGUACGGCGCUGUUGAGUUGCCUGUGGCAAGUGGGGGCCACCACUCAUAUUAUGAUUUUGAUGGUAACAAUGCCCCCACAUAAUAGGCCGGCCACAACAUCGGUUACCACAACGACAGGCCAUCAUCAUUCAAAUUGUGCCAAUAUUAUGCUGCUGUUUAUUAUUUUAUUCAUUAUAUGGCCAAUUUCAGUGGUUAUAGGUCUAGAACCAGUAGGAGUACCAAGUUGGUGGGUACCCAGUGGUGGCGGAACACAGGGCAUCGACCUACUCGGAGCACUCACACUUUACAAUACUAGUCAUCCGGGUGUUAGCCUUAUUCCUGGUCCAAAACAAUUACGUCCCGCAUACUACCUGGAAGGUGAUCAUCGUGAUUUGCAUUUACCACAAACAGUAUUCGAUAGAGCAGCAGAAUUAAUACGACAAAAUUCUGAAUUUACAAUAGCCGCAUCAUUACGCCAAGAACAAGAUAAUUCUGGUACAAUAAUUAGUUUUUCACGUGGUUCAAAUAGAUAUUUAGAAUUACAAUCAAGUGGACGUCGUGAUGAAAUACGUUUACAUUAUUCAUUAUAUCAAGAUACUUAUGUACAUAUGGAAACAUUUCCAUUUCGUUUAGCUGAUAAUUCAUGGCACGAUUUAGCAUUAUCAAUUAGCGGUUCGCAAGUUGAAUUACUUGUGGAUUGUCAUCCAUUAUAUAGAAGACUGUUACGACCUGGUGCACCAGAUCGAAAUUUAUCAAUACCACAAUUACAAUUGUGGAUUGGUCAACGUAAUAAGAAUCAUUCAUUUUUUAAGGGUGCACUUCAAGAAGUUACAUUAAUCACAGGACCUCAUGGUUAUUUAAAUCAAUGUCCACAAUUAGAUUCAACUUGUCCAACAUGUGGACAAUUUUCGUUAUUACAAAAUACAGUUAAAGAAUUAUCCAAGCGGUUGUUAGAAGUAUCGCAAAGGCUAGAAGCCGCCGAAGGGCGAAUUACAAAAGUCGAAGAGUGUGAUUGUUUGAAGUCAUGUAGUGUUAACGGUUCAGUUUAUGCUGAUGGUGCUAAUUGGCAACGUGAUUGUGAGAUGUGUGCGUGUGUGCAUGGUGAGGUUCAAUGCAGACCUGUUCAAUGUCCGAAACCUAACUGUAAAAAACCUUAUACCAAUCCUGGGGAGUGUUGUCCAACAUGCCUUAAGCAGUGUUUCAUGCGCGGAGUAAUGUACGACCACGGGGAUCUGGUCGCUCUGCGUGAAUGUUUAGAGUGUGAAUGUCGAGAUGGAAGUAUGCAUUGCUUACGCGUAGAUCCAGAGACUACGUGUCCACCGCUCAAAUGUCCACCAUCGGAACAAUUUAGUGUACAUGGUGAAUGUUGUAAAUUUUGUCCAGGUGUUGAUUACUGUGCCAAAGGACACACUUGUCAUGCUAACGCAUCCUGCCUCAAUUUACAAACAACUUAUGCUUGUCAAUGUGAUCAAGGCUUCCAAGGCGAUGGCCAUAUGUGCAAUGAUGUGGAUGAAUGUCUUCAACAAGGUGGAAUUUACGGCCAUCAUUGUCAUUCAAAUACAAAAUGUGUAAAUACUCCUGGAUCAUAUACCUGUGAAUGUCUACCAGGUUAUAGACGAUUAGAUAAAUUCAAUUGUGUAGAAUUAGAUGAGUGCAGUACUGGAAAACAUUCGUGUGAUAUACAUGCGACGUGUAUUAAUACUUUAGGAAGUUAUCAUUGUGUGUGUAAAGAUGGUUAUUCAGGAGAUGGAUUUAAGUGUGAACCUGUGUGUAAUCAAUCAUGUUUGAAUGGGGGUAAAUGUGUGGGUCCAAAUCAGUGUUCGUGUCGAGAAGGUUAUGUGGGUCCCAAUUGUGAACUCGAUUUGGAUGAAUGUGCUACUGGUGUUCAUCAAUGUCAUGAUACAUCAGUAUGUGUAAAUAUGCCUGGAUGGUAUUAUUGUAAGUGUAAGCCAGGAUAUAGAACGAUAUUUCAUCAUAAUACUUUGGGCACAUUGUGCCAAGAUAUUGACGAAUGUAAAGAAGAUAAGCAUACGUGUCAUCCGUCAGCAAGAUGUGUAAAUACUCAGGGGAGUUUUAUGUGUGUGUGUCCAGAUAUACAAGAAGAUGAUCAUCACCAUAGUCAAACAACGUGUAGUCAAAAUUGUAUUUAUAAGGGUAAAGAAAUACCAGAUGGUAAAGAAACAAUUCCCGACGGUGGUCCGCCAUGUAAACGAUGUGCAUGUAAUAAAGGUGUGAUAUCAUGUCGGGAUCCUGUAUGUGAUUGUACAGCAAAAAAUAGUGCACAUGAUGUAUGUUGUCCGCAGUGUGAUCCAAAUCAAACGUGUCGUCAUCAAGAAUUACAGCAAGUUUUAUUUAGAAGUGGUGAACGUUGGAUAUAUCAGUGUCAAACAUGUGAAUGUUUGGCUGGCCAAAUUGAUUGUUGGCAACUCGAAUGCCCACCGUUAACAUGUUUGGAUCGAAUUCGAACACCUGGUGAUUGUUGUGAACGAUGUAACGAUGAUCCUUGUUCAUUAACAACGUACCAUAAUGCAAGCAAUGGAGGCUUGCCGUGUACUUACGCAGGACGCCUUUACGAUUCAGGAUCAACAUGGAAAGAUCCAGAUGAUCGUUGCACGGCUUGUAACUGCAAGGUGCCGAUCUGCGACCAACUGGACGGGCGUAUUUGCUGCAGUUUUGAUUUCCGCUGUAGUGAGCCUGGGAGUACAGUGGGUAACAACAGCUUGGCUCUUACACCCCAGCAGUUGCAGUUGGGUGGACCAAUGCAGUCCUCCACUCCCAAAGACAUUAUUAAUACAACGACAAUCACAAAUGUCGUUAAUACAACAAAUGACUCUUCUGUACAAUUUAAUAAACUUGUUUCAAGCGUUUUUAGUAUUAAUAAUAGUGAUAGCAAGAAGCAUCGUGCCAGCAGUAGUAACAGUAAUAUUAGUGUGGCUUCGCGAGUGUCCAAUAUCAGUGUAUCUAAUUUCAACGAUUCAGCUACAUCAUCAUCAGUGCUUAGCAACAAUUAUAAUAUACAUAAUGCUACAAACUCAUUUUACGUUGGUAACUCUGACAAAUUAUUGGAAGAGGCUAAUUACAAUAAUAAGACUGAAGAGAAUUGGGGGCCGGAGGAAGGAUAAAUUUAUAAAUAAUCAUCAAAUACUUAAACAAUUGCAAACUAUUGCAAUGUUACAGUACAGGUAGAUUCAAUUCAACCAAAAUAUCACAAUUCAUUCCACUUAUUAAAAAUGAAAGAAGAUAAUACGUUUGUUCUGCAGAAUUGUAAGCAGAUUACUUGUUUCGUAUUCGAAAUAGUCGACCGUUUAGUAGAGAAACAUACAAAAAAUCAUGUACGUAAACAAAAGCAAACGCGAACACUGGUGCAAACAUACAUAAUAAAUCAAUCAGAACAACAACUCUAUCAAUUCCUCUUGAAUUCUUCUGCUUACAUUGAACAAACAUUAUGCGAAGAUUGAACAGCAAAACAUCAAUUGUGAACGAGCAAAAUAUUCACCGCCAUACGCCAUUUUGUGCGAAAGUAACAAUUAAUUCAAAGCAAAGAGAAUUGAAUAAGUAAAUUUUAAUAUUUAUAAUCAUAAGAUUGUUUUUUUUAUAUUUGCACACUAAUGACAUCCGACAACUGUGGUGAAUGGCGAAAUUCAGAGCGAUAUAUAAAUAGAUUAUUAAUACGAGCGAGCGAUUUUUAAAAAAAAUUAAACAUUCCUAAUGUAUUUUGUAAGAUACAAAAACAAAACUAAAACUCGUGCAAUAAAAAAAUUCAAAAAAAUUUUUAAUAUCAAAGAAAUAUAGAAAUAAUGAAGACCAAAAUACAAUGGUUUGCCUAA